UCCCUUUUACCGCCAUCUGAGCGGAGUGUCUUUCUUGCCCGGGACCGCUUCACUGCGCAGCGCCGUCUAAACCUGUCCAGCCUCCGGCCACAGAGACAAGCAUCACCUGAAACUCAGCUAAAAUGGCAGACAUCGACAACAAAGACCAGGCUGAGAUGGACCCAGCAGAUAUGGAGGACGUGGAGGAAGUAGAAGAAGAGGAGACUGGAGAAGAUGAAAACAGCAAAGCUCGUCAGCUGACUGUGCAGAUGAUGCAGAAUCCACAGAUCUUGGCUGCGCUGCAGGAGAGGCUGGACGGGCUGAACGGCUCACCAUCGGGGUACAUGGAGAGUUUACCAAAGGUUGUAAAGAGACGCGUAAACGCCCUGAAGAACCUGCAGGUGAAGUGUGCCCACAUUGAGGCCAAGUUCUACGAAGAAGUACACGAACUGGAGAGGAAGUAUGCAGCGCUCUACCAACCCCUGUUUGACAAAAGAAGUGACAUAGUGAAAGCAGCUUACGAGCCCACAGAUGAGGAAUGUGAAUGGAAAGCAGAUGAGGAGGAAGAGCUGACCGUAAGUAAGCAGGAUGAAAUGAAGGAGAAGGCCAAACUAGAGGAGGAGAAGAAGGAUGAGGAAAAGGAAGACCCCAAAGGCAUCCCCGAGUUCUGGUUAACAGUUUUCAAAAAUGUGGACCUGCUCAGUGAAAUGCUGCAGGAACAUGACGAAUCCAUCCUUAAACAUUUACAAGAUAUUAAAGUUAAAUUCUCAGAUCCAGGACAGCCCAUGAGCUUCACGUUAGAAUUCCUCUUUGAGGCCAACGAAUUCUUCACAAACACAGUGUUGACAAAAACCUACAAGAUGAGGUCAGAGCCCGAUGAGACCGACCCCUUUUCUUUUGACGGCCCAGAGAUCAUGUGCUGCACAGGUUGCACGAUUGACUGGACAAAGGGCAAGAACGUCACGUUGAAAACAAUUAAGAAGAAACAGAAGCACAAGGGUCGCGGCACCGUCAGGACAGUCACCAAAACCGUCCCCAACGACUCCUUCUUCAACUUCUUCACUCCACCAGAGGUUCCAGAAACUGGAGAUUUGGAUGAGGACUCGGAGGCAGUUCUUGCUGCUGACUUUGAAAUCGGCCACUUCAUCCGUGAGCGGAUCGUACCUCGGGCCGUGCUCUACUUCACAGGAGAGGCCAUCGAGGAUGAUGAUGACGAUUAUGAUGAAGAGGGAGAGGAGGCUGAUGAUGAGGAAGGUGAGGAGGAGGCUGAUGAGGAGAACGACCCCGACUAUGAUCCCAAGAAGGAUGCAGUCCCCCCAGCUGAGUGCAAGCAGCAGUGAAGCCUGGCCUGGCUGUCUUGAGGAUCAACAGCACUGUAACGGCUUCUCAAAUUAAGAAAUCCUAAAAAGAGGAAAAAAAUAUAUAAAAAAAAUAGUUACUUACCGCCUUAUAAUGUUUUGUAUUUUUCUUGGUAGAGAAUUUGAAGAAGAAAAAAAAGGUUUCAAGAUUUUUGUUACAAAACCUCAUGGUAAUAUACUGGGAGCUGUGUGGCUCAAUAUACAUAGUAUUUUACUAGACCUGUUUUUCCUUCUCUUCCUCCUUCUCUGUAAAAUAGAUAGAAUACAGGAAAAAUACUUCCCUCAAAAAGCAUGAACUUGUUUCUUCACUGCUAAACUAGUUUGGGUUCUUGUGAAGUCUUUUGUUGUAUUUGCUCUUAGACAACAGCUGUGGUUCAGACUGCAUCACGGUGACGUCAAUUUAUAAACUCCCCCUUCCACCUCUGGCUCCUACCAAAGUUCCAGGCUUGGUUAGCUCUGGUUGUAAAAGGUGAAUCUUUUUUUUUAAAAUAUAUAUUCCUAACGGGGGCCUUUAGCACUUGUAAAAAAAACGCGUUGUAGCAUUUCCAGCCCUAGAGAUGGAGGACAGAUGUGACCGGCAGCCGGGUGUCCACUCCAGUUUUUACAAUCAUGCUGAGUGUGGGAUCUCCCCGACGUUCCACUCUCGAUACAUUCCAGUGAGCAGACUGGCUGACCCCAUCGGUGAACUUCUCUCAAAACGAGUCCACUUCUCUCCAACUGCACAGACUCGCCCCCAAACCGACCAGAAGUGAAGUUAGUUUUGACUUGAUCAUAUCCCACCUGGCCCGAGUCUCUUUAACAUUCCAGAGAAAUUCUUUUAAGAUGAGGAAGGUCAUGAGACAGUUUGGUAGGAUGGCGAGUUCCGACUUCUUCGCCCCAGUAUUCCAGUGCUUCAGGCUCCUUGUAGGCUCGCAGUAGCGUGGCUGUCGUUUCUAUUGCACUUUGUACUAGUGUGUGGCGUCCUAUCAUCGGUUAUCUGAGUAUUCCUUGUGAGCAGCACUUUGACGACCCCGCCUGCCUCAAGGGGAACAGGGAGGGUGCUGUGAUCCCUCUCUGUGGAUGGGCCACAUUUCUUACCGGGGGAGACACAUUUGGUUUUUCGGAAAAGAACGAUGUUGGGCAGAUGUAGCACAGCGGACGACGAGGAACAGAUUAUGAAGCGUUUAUCGACACGUCAGGUUCACCAAACCCCGCCCCCUUUUUUCUCCUCAGUUUGACAUUUACCUCUGGUGUGGCCAAUUAGUGACUGGUCAGGUGACUCGUGGAACUUAGUCUAGGCCCUGAGAUCCAUGUUCAUUUUUAUCACUGUGAAAGAAUGAGGGCAAAACGUGACAAGGCCGUUACAUGUCCAGUGACCGACCGCCCGCCCCACCCCGACCCUCCCUUCGUUACCCAGAAGGCCUCAGAGAAGUACGUCAGAGCAAUAUUUGAAGUAAGGAGGAGGGAUCAAGCAUAAACCGUAGCCUGCCUCCUUCCCAGUCAAUUCUUAAUGCCUUUUUAGUUGUGAAAACAGCCAAGUGUUGGUUGUCGGGCAGCAUCGUGUCCACUGUGGAGAGCCAGGAUACUUCUCAAUCUGCAGGGAGUAUUCAAAUCCUGUUCAUUGGAAAAGGACGUGACAGGAUUCUGUAGGGUCCCUCCGAACAGCUGUUGUCAAGGCAAAAUGCUAUGCUACAAAAAUACUAAUGUACUCAAUAACUGUACGUGUAUGUUCAUGAAUAAAUUGGUAAAACAA